AAAAAAAAAAAACAACUUCCGAGUUCCGACUUUUAGGUUAUGUUUUGGUAAAGUGUAAACAACAAAAUUAUAUAAUUUAGAUUUACUUUAAUUUCACAAAAUGAUAUAUAGAUGGUGGCAUAAAUACAUACGACGUAGAACUAAACCAAUUCCACCUGAUGUUGCGGUUUUGUGGAAACGACGAUUAAGCAUAGCGUACGCAAUUUUGGCAUGGAAUGCUUUUGGAAUAUUGGCAUAUAGUAUGUACCAAGGAAAAGCGGAUUGGGCACAUUAUUAUGGUUUAAAAUCUGAUGAAGAACAUUCUAUGUCGCCAGCACGAGCAUGGGCCAAUACAUUAGGAAUUAAAAAUGCCAAAGUUGUAAGGAUAUCCGGGUUCACUAAGGUAGAUGAAUAUGAAAUUGUUGAUGGAGAAGAAGUAAGAAAUAAGGAAAAUGAAACUAAAGAUGAAGGACUUAGUGAAUAGUUUAUUUUAAGAUAAAUAGUAGAGGAUUAUAAUAAAACAAAUUAUUUAUAUGCUAAGCAUAACUACAACAUGUAGUUUUUUUAGAGACAUGGACGUCAAACAUUUUUGUAUCAAUUUCAUUGUUUAAAAGAUACAUGGUGUGGAAGCAUUUUAAAUACAUCAACUACAAUAACUUUAACAGCAUAAAAUUGAUAUAACAAAAAUAAAAACAUCCAUAAUUCAGUUCAAACUUGUUCAUAAUAAUUAUUUAUGCACAAAAUAAUAAAGAAUUAGAAUUGUCAAUGUCAGUAAAAUAUUAUAUUACAUAAUGUGAGGUGUAUGAUUAUGCUGUAAAGUUGAUUUAGACACACAACACCAGAAACGCAAAAUGCCAGAAGGUGUAAAACAGUAUGCAGAAUGAAUGCCCUUGCAUAAUAUUGCCUAAUGCCAAAGUGCAACUAAUGAUUUUAGGCUAAUGAAAUGGUUUAAGGCAAGUUAUAAAUCUAAUAAAAUAGCCUACUUUAAAUUUUGCGUUUUUUGGAGUUGUGCCUCUAAACGGUAAAUUAAACUUAUCUGCAUUAAGCAUAAAAUAUCUGUUAUUGUGGGCGAGCCUGCUUUUGUUCAGCAGAUGCUCAUAUAAUUUAAGGCACUUUAAAUUAUGAGGAAAAUUAACACCUAUGUGUAAAUUCCUUAUGUACAAUAACUUAAUUAAUAGAUCACAGCUCAAUAAGGCAUCACUAUGUUAACCUAAUAAUUUGAAUGUGUGUGACAUGACUUGUUAUGCCGCCGUCUCUCAAGUUCUUGUAAAAGAGCAGACCUGAAAAUAAAAAACACCAUUAUAACUUU